AUGUUCUCUCGCACGUUUUUUGCGGCACAGCGGAAGAUACCCUUCUACCCUAUCAACCCGAAGAAUCCACUCGUGUUCUUCGAUAUUUCAAUUGGAUCUCAGCCCGCUGGACGGGUUGAGAUGGAGCUAUUUAAGGACACCGUUCCAAAAACUGCGGAGAACUUCCGCGCCCUAUGCACCGGUGAAAAGGGUGUGGGACGAUCAGGGAAAUCGUUGUGCUACAAGGGUAGCAAAUUUCACCGUGUCAUUCCACAGUUUAUGUGUCAGGGAGGGGAUUUCACUAAUGGGAAUGGCACUGGUGGGGAAUCAAUCUAUGGCCUAAAGUUUCCGGAUGAAUCAUUUGCUGGUAGAGCUGGAAAACAUUUUGGUCCAGGCACACUUUCUAUGGCCAACGCUGGACCCAACACUAACGGCUCUCAGUUUUUUAUUUGUACGGCUGCUACUGAGUGGUUGGACGGAAAGCAUGUGGUGUUUGGUCAGGUAACCAAAGGGUACGAUGUUAUUGAGAAAGUGGAGGCCAAUGGGAGCCGAUCAGGGGCUGUCCGUCAACCAAUAACAAUCACAGACUGUGGUGAAGUAGCAGGGAAUUAA